GCUUAUUCAAAUCAUUAUGAAGCGCAAAGCGUAUCGUGCGCGUAGUGUCAUCCAGGUACCAGUGAAAUUUAUCUGUGAUACGACAGUAGUUCUGCAUAUCUAUUAUCGGAUUCUAUCAACAAACUAGAAUGUGAUCAAUCAUGGAGAUCGAGAAAAAGACAGAAAACGACGAAUCAAACUAUCUGCACAACCUGCUCACAGACGGUGUCUCUACGCCAGUGGAUGUCGAUGUCGAUGCAUACGAGUUGAAAUUACCACCGUGGUACGAUGAUACCAAAUUUAAACGAGCCCAGCGAUACUUCAAGGCGAAUUUCUUCGCGAUGUUCGUCGCAAAGUUGUGCGGUUUGCUGGUGGUCUUGGCCAUACCCAGCAUUCUGGACGUUCUCGUGUACACCAAUCAGUCGUCGACUGCAGUGACGGCAUACAAAAGAUACAUCGCGACGAUUAUGCACACACUCAAUUGGUACUACGAGGAACUGUUGCCAGGCUCGGCAUCUUGGAAAUCAAUUGCCGCCGUUCGGAGAGGACACGUGGCGACCAGCAAAAGAAGUAGCGCCAAAAACGCUGCCAGAAUUGUCUCUCAAAAAGAUAUGGCCGUUACCCAGUUUGGAUUUGUGGGGUACAUUGUUUUGGGGUACAAAAAGUUGGGAAUUGUAUACGCGGCCGACGAUAUGGAAGCACUGGUUCACUUUUGGCGCGUGAUUGGAUACAUGAUUGGAAUUCAGGAUAGCUACAACCUUUGCACGGACAGCUUGAGCGGAACGGAGGAACGCAUGCGUCAGGUCCAGAAACAGAUCCUACGACCAGCGCUGAUCGCGCGCAAAGAAAGUUUCGAGAAGAUGGGCAGAGCGUUAAUCGAGGGAUUAUGGUGUUUCAACCCUUUCUUAGAUUACGAUGCAUUCCUCUUCCUUACUUCACGUCUAACUGAAAUACCUGGUUAUCACUACUGGAAGGAUGAACAAACAUCGGCGGAGAAUUCCGAAUUGAAAUAUCACAAUUUUAGCAGAUACAGUCGCUUUGUGCUGUAUUUCUUACUGCUUGUCCAUGAAGUACUAUUAGGUUAUGCGUUUUUUAGAUGGUAUCUGAAUGGUCAGAUGAUUAUUUCUAGAUUUCUGAUAACAUACUUUCCGUUUCUGGCUUUCUACAAAUUCGGAAUUGGCGACUCAUACGUUCGAAUAUUAAAAUAAGUUAGCUAUGGAAAUUAUUUAUUGAAUUUUGUUGAAUGUUGAUUAAUAUCGUAGAUAGUCAUGUUAGAACGGAAAUCAAACAUUAGCUUGUUGUUUAACAGCUAAAUAGAGAUUGAAUAAAUUAUACAAGGCCUGGAUAUAUCCCGCCUGUCCGUUACUUUCCUGCACUGGUAUAUCGAA